AAAUAUAUAUUUAUAUUUUUUAAAUGUCUCACGUGCACCAGUUUGCCAUUGUCAAUCUCAAACUAGGUUUGUUUUUUGGAGCUGUGUGUGUAUCUAUUAUUCAAAGAUGAAAAGAAUAAAAAUCACAUUCAAAACAGGAUUCUCAGGAUUUUUCACUGUAACUGAUUUUUGAUUCAAAUAGGAAGACACACCCAAAAGAAAAUUGCUAAGGUUGAUGCAAGAUGAAAAGCUAGUGAAGUUCAAGUACUGCCUGGGGGUGAAUUUAACCUGCAUGACAGGUGCAAAGCUGUCACUUUCAGAAAUCUUGGGAGAGACAGAGUUAUUUUAAAUGCCUUUCUCUCAGCCAGCCAUUCAAUUAUACAAGGAGCGACUAACGUCCCCAAAGUGAAAGCAGCUGGCACGGGACUGAGGAAUAGAAAUCCUCUGCUCCGCCUGCUGGAGGAAGGGAUUAGGAUCUGAGUGCAUGGAUUCAACUUUUCCAAACCUUAGUUAAGGCCUUGCAGGACACUCGGCGAGCAGGACAACAGGCUCUGCGCGCUUCGUGUCUGGCGCAUGCGUCCCAGCAGAGUCUGGGCUGGCUUCCCAACACCGCCUUCCUCCCGCGCCCCGCCUCUACCUCGUCGGCUGUAACGUCAUCCGAGGGCCGGGCCUCGCAGCCUGCAAAGUGGGGACUUGCCCGGUCCGGCCAGACGGGCAGGGGGCGGAGCCUAAGGGGGUGGGGAAUACCCUGUCCGGCCGCCCAGCUGGAAACGGACUCAUUCCCUUGUAGGCUUUCUACCUAGCCGGACCAUUGCGACCAAGCGAGGCGCUUUUUCCCGGGAGCGAGCUGGGAAAAGCCCGGUUUAGCCACGAGUGGCUCGGCCAUUGCACGGGCCGCCUAAGCCACAGGAGGACGGUGAAAGAGAGCUGAAGCUAACCUGAGCUCUCCCACGUAGGGGUGAGCGCACCAGGGCGAGGUGGGGAAGAAGGGAGGAGUGUGGCGAAGCUCACAGCCAGUGGUGGAUUAUCCGUGCCAGUCUGCGUCUGUGGACUGCGAAAUGCGCGAGGAGGACAAGGGCAUGCUCCGUGGUGGCGGCGACGGCGCGGGCCUGGCCAACGCCUCCGCGCGGGGGCAAGUGGACACUGUGCGGCAGCUCUUGGAAGCCGGUGCGGAUCCCAACGGAGUCAACCGCUUCGGGAGGCGCCCAAUCCAGGUCAUGAUGAUGGGCAGCGCCCGCGUGGCCGAGCUGCUGCUGCUCCAUGGCGCGGACCCCAACUGCGCGGAUCCCGCCACCCUCACCCGACCUGUGCACGACGCCGCCCGGGAGGGGUUCCUGGACACGCUGGUGGUGCUGCACCGAGCCGGGGCGCGGCUGGAUGUGCGCGAUGCCUGGGGCCGCCUGCCCGUGGACCUGGCUGAGGAGCGGGGCCACCGCGAUGUCGUCCGGUACCUGCGCGCAGCCGCGGGAGAUUGAUGGUGGGUCCAGCCAGCCGCCCACCAGGACAUUUCUUUUCUCCCAUGUGCCCCACGCCCAACUUAGUUCAAGGAAGGCUACGAACAUGGAGCGGCGCAAAGCCUGAAAGCCUUCCAGGAGCCUUGACUCGCCGUGGGGGAGGAGAAGCAGACGGUGAAUAAAAUUUUUUUUUUCCUUUUUCUUUUUCUCUGGAUCCGGUCCUCACGCUCACCGUGAAGCAAGCGGACUUCCCAGAGAGAUUUAGGAGCUGAACGUGAAGCCCCCCGGUAUUGUUGACUUUUCAGGCUUUUCUGGCAAAAAAAAAGUGGCCUGUAGAGUCCCUAAUGAUCGAGGUGGCUGCGAAACUUCACAGGAAAGACGCUGGUGGCAAGAGGGGCAGGCGGCUGCCACUGGCAUGUGAGUGGGGGGCGGGUGAUCCGUUCGCCCCUCUGACCUUAAGGGAGCGCCCCGGAAGCCCCUACUGUAAGACGUUGGGCCCCCGGAGGCUGGAGGGGAAACCGGAAGGCCGAGGAGACGGAGGACGACGAGAAGGACCGCAGACCUGGACGCCACUAGGUGCCCAAGGCUUUCCACACUGUGUGUUGCGCUGCAAAGCACUCACCUGCGAAGCGCUGCUUCCCGGAAGCCCCGCAGACAUGGGCCGAGCUCCACCGCCAGGGACCGGAGGACGCGAGAGCGCGGUGAAUUUUCCCACAGGUUCGAAAAUUCCUGAGCCAAGAUGACUCAGAACGGCUCUCGGAAGAGGGCUGUAGCCUGCCGUGUGUUCCUCAGAGGAGGGGAGACUCUUCGGGAGUUCCAGAAGUCAGCGAUCCGGAUGAAGUGGUGGAUUGCAGGGUGGGUAGCCGCCUCCAUUAACCCUUUGCUUCAUCUGUGUACCACGGGAUACCCCCCCCCCCGAAGUUGGAAAAGAUUUGGAGAUGUUUUGAACUUUCGGGGUGUUCUUAACUUACCGGGGAGGCUUUAAGAAAGAAAGUAACUCCUUGGUAAAGAAGUGAAGAACUGCAGCUUUUAAAUGAAACCUUGGCACGCUGCCAAAGCCUAGACCCAUUUAUCCAUAACCUAUUUAUUUCUUUAAGUUUUCUGACCGGUUACUUUACUAGAGUGUCUCGGGGGUCAAACUAUGAAAUAUUCCAAAUGUCUUUUAGAAAACCGAUGCACCCACCCAGUAAAUUAUCACGGGGUAUUUCCCAGAGGGCUGCGUUGAAAAUGUAUGAUGAUGGCUCACGGAAUGUCUUAAUAUCCGCUGAACAAACUAAAGGGGCACUGCUUUUGGGAUUUAAUUUCCAGUGCUGCUUGAUUCAUUACAGCAUUGGAACAACUGAUACUUCAAUACUUUUAAUAAAGAAAAAAAAAAGCAAUA